GAAGCAGCGUCUGGUCUCUUUUCUCUCCCAGCGUCAAGAAGAUGUUUGCAACGAUGCUGAAGAUAUUUCCAGUUCUAGCCAUCCUGACAGGCCACGUCAGCGGCGUUGUGGUGACCGUCCCUGAGAAGACCGUGAAUGUCACUACAGGUGGAAAUGCAACCCUCCUCUGUACAUACACAAGUUCAGGAUCGCUGGGAAAUUUCUUUAUUCAGUGGAGCUUCUACAGUGCCAAAGAGAGCCAACUUCAUACUAUCUAUUAUUAUUCAGGAGGCCAGUCUUACUCCUACGGAGAGUUUAAGGACAGAAUAACAGCUGCAACAGGUCCAGGGAACGCAUCAAUAACCAUCUCCAACAUGCAGCCCUCAGACACUGGCUCCUACACCUGUGAAGUUUUCAGCCCACAGGGUGACGAUGGACAGAGUCAAAAAUCAGUGAUUGUCAACGUGCUGGUCAAACCGUCAAAACCUUUCUGCAAAAUAGAAGGAACGCCUGAAAAGGGCCAUCUAAUCUACCUCUUAUGCAAAUGUGAAGAAGGACUGCCUCACCCCACCUACCACUGGUACAAAGUAGAUGACAAUACCCUCAAGCCCGUGACUGAACAACUUAAUACAAACACUGGCAUUCUUUACAUUGGCAAUCUCACCACCUUCGAAACUGGGUAUUACCGGUGCGUAGCCAGCAAUGUCCUGGGGAACAGUACCUGUGAGCUUGACCUAACUGCAAAGCAUGGUGCUAUUGUUGCUGGAGCAUUAAUUGGAGCAAUUCUGGCAGCUGUUAUCAUUUGCAUUGUCGUCUGGGUCUUAACCAAGAAGGCAAAGAAUAAGAAGUCAUCGAGUAAUGAGAUGCAAGAAAUGGCUCAAAAACAAUCCAAUGCAGAGUAUGUUCAGGUACCUAAUGAAGAAAACAUUCCUGCGACCACAGUUCCAUCAAGCAACGCGACAAACGAAUACUCUAGUGUUGAAGAAACGGCAGCCUCUGGAACACCCGACAAUGAUGAGAAGCGAGAAGCAGAAAAAGAAGAAAUAGCCUAG